UCGUGUCACUCCGCGCGUUGGCAUAGUGCUCGGCGGUUUACAACAACAGCGAGCGACUGUCGCAUUAAAGUUGAGCGUACGGUUGAUUUUUUAUGUGUUGCUGCUUGAAAAGUGCCGUGAUCUGAAGUCAUUUCGAAGCGACGACGUGAAACAUCGCGUUUUUCAUUUUGGGCGUUUGAAAUUGGACACCGCUGUAACGUCCUCGUUUUUCUGCGGAGUAAUACACUACUGGGGAUGACAAUGUGGAGGUGGCUAAAAUGUCUACUCGGAAGAUGAAACGGUCACAGUGAUAGCAACCAUAAGAAAACGGUAGGCUACAACUUGGCAGAGUUCAAUUUUCAUAGUUACUACGUCGUAAUUAUACUUCAGCGGGGCCCGUUAGACUUUUUAAGGAUAAGGGAGGACGCGGAACUCAAUUACUUCGCGAUUUGCGGGACCUAAAACACGGAGGGGGGAUUUGUCCCCCAACUUUAUGUUUUUCUCUCUCCCGAAAACACUCCUGUUGGAUGCCGAACACUCAAACCGACGAAAGGGUAGUACAUUCUCUGAGUCUAUGUGUGUGUACUAAGAAAGAAUGAGUGAUACCAGCAUCAGAAUGACCACAGCAGGAACAGACAAGGAACUUAGUGAUCUCCUGGACUUCAGUGUGAUGUUUCCUCUUCCAAUGUCGAACGGAAAGAACAGAUCUGCUACUCUAGCCAGCACACCAUUCGGAGGCUCAGGUAUGGAUGAUCGGAGUGGUUCAGGCACCUGGGGCUCAGGAGAACAGAACAGUUCGUCCUUCAGUUCACGGGCAUUUGGAGAUGGAGCUCACUACAGUGAACACGAAAACAUGUCCCCCUCAUCACUGUACAGCUCAGGGCUUGGAGGUAAAUCUGAAAGAGGACCUUAUCCCUUUGGCCCACAGUUCCUACCAGGGGAAGUCCUGUCCAGUCCUGACGGUCUCUCUCCCUCUGGCCUCAAAUCCACAUCCACAUUCUAUAACUCGUACCCCAACCGCAGGAGACCCCCAGACACUGUUCUUGCUAGUCAGCCGAAAAAGAUCAGGAAAGUGCCCCCUGGACUCCCAUCCUCGGUCUAUCCAGCAGUUCCUGGUGAAGACUAUAACCAGGAAAAUGCAGAUUACCCAGCCUCUAAAACUGGCAGCGUCUACCCUGGCCCUUUUUAUCUGCAAGAAGGUCUUCAAGACUGGGGUCAGCCUGGUUACCCAUCUAUGCCACACCUUGGUCAGUCAGCCCCCUUCGCUGCCAUCAACCCUCCGGAUCGCCUGAAGAGACAGCCCCUGCCUCUCUCCCCUCCAAGCUACCCUCACCACGGCAACGAGGUUAACGGGGGCAGCCUUCCGGGCAGCUUCCAGUCCUCAUCCAGUGGCUACGGGGUCCCCAACCACACGCCACCCAUCAAUGGAGCAGACAGCAUCAUGGGCAAUAGAGGCAACACGGCAGGAAGUUCAGGGGAUGAGAUUGGAAAAGCUCUCGCAUCGAUUUACCCUUCAGACAACAAUGGAAGCAACUUCUCCUCCACUCCACCUACACCGGUGGGCUCUCCACAGAACAUGGCAGCCUCUGCCUCCCAGUGGUCUAGAGGAUCCACACAACCUACACCAUCACCCAGCUUUGAGGGCGGACUACAAGCACUGCAGAACAAGAUGGAAGACUGCCUGGGUGAAGCUCUCCACGUGUUAAGAAACCACGCAGUAGGGACCGGCCCAGGGUCAGGACUGGGGGCGGAAAUGCAUAGUCUACUUAGCGCAGCCGGAGGAGCCGCCGGCCUGAGCUCCCUCAGCCAGAGCUUCCCUCUCCAUGGUCGGCUGUCUGGCAUGAUGCCUGAGCACCACGAGGAAUCGGCAGGGCUUCCCCCCACCAGUGGCCUCCUGCAUGGGCACCGCGCCCCCCCACAAGCCCCUGCCAGCUCCCAGCCUGAGGCCUUCACCAGUUUGCCUGGAAGCCUCUCUCGCUCCUCUCUUUCCUCCAGCACGGACAUCAAGAGGGAGGAGAAGGAGGAUGAUGAGAACUGCUCAGUCAGCGACAAGCUGGAGGAUGAUAAAGACAAGUUAAACCGGACAAGUCUCCAUUCUGAUGAAGACGAGGAUCUGCCAGUGGAGGUGAAGGUGGAGCGGGAGAAAGAGCGGCGUAUGGCCAAUAAUGCCAGAGAGCGCCUUCGCGUGCGUGACAUCAAUGAGGCCUUCAAAGAGCUGGGCCGCAUGUGCCAGCUGCACCUGAGCAAUGAGAAACCGCAGACCAAGCUGCUCAUCCUGCACCAGGCUGUUAGCGUAAUUCUCAACCUGGAGCAGCAAGUGCGAGAGCGUAACCUGAACCCGAAGGCAGCGUGUCUAAAGAGACGGGAGGAGGAAAAGGUGACAGGUGUCGGGGGAGAUCCUCAGAUGCCUCUGGGAGGAGGCCACCCCGGGCUGGGUGGUGACGGGCACAGUCAUAUGUAAUAUUUAUAUCCAGUCAUAAAGAGUGCUUUCAGAUGUGGCCUUAAUCUUCUGUGUACUGUCUCAGUGUGCAUACUCUCGCAUCGUGACUGUGCAUAAGAACCUUUUGAACAGAGAUGACUCGUGCAAAUACCACACAAUUUGGUGAAAACUGACACACAACCGCACACAUUAAACACACACAUCAUGGACCAUUGAAGCAUCCUGAAGAACACUGCUGAGAAAGAGAGACAGGAACUCUCAGAGCAUAAAGAACAAGGGUAUUUGCUUUAUGCUCAUUUUUGUCUUUUCCCUUCUUCUUCUUUUUUAUGGGCACCUCUUGCUUACAUUUCUGGGAGCAAUGGUGUGUUUCACCAGGACUGAUGUAAUUCAGUCUAAAACUAGAUGGCCAUUCCCCACAAGACUCAACAGCUGUCAUCUAUGUUAAUAAGGAGAAAAAAAACAAAACACACAUCCUUCUUUGUCGAGUCAAAAAACAUUGAUCCACCAGCCUCUACUAGUUUCAACUAAUAUCAAGUAUUUGCAGCAAAGACUGAUAUGGAUGUCCAACUACAUCAUUAGAGGCCUGAUGGUGGCCUCAAAAGAGGACAGUGUGCUACUACAUAGCGCACACACACAAACUUUUUGAGCAGUCAAGGGCUCAAAUGAGGGAACAGAAUUGUUUUUUUUUUAUUAAAUACAUGGACUCUCAUUAUUUUGUACCAUGUCACGUCUCAGCAAGAGUAAAAGUGAAAAGAAAAGCUGGAGGUUAUAAACCCCUCAAUUCUGCUUGUGUUUAUUGCAUUAACGUUGAGCAUCUGUGCUCGUAUAAACUGUCUUGACUGGAAACCUUUCAUAAUCUGCCAUGCCAGCCAAAGCAUCAACACCAACUCUUUAUUUGUGUUUAUAGGACUAGCACAUGUUAGCUAGCGAUUGAGUUUGAUCAUUUUAAGAGAGGAACAAGCUGUCCUCUUGACUGCACGGAGCAACUGACACCUCUUCAUCCAAGAACAUCUUCAACCAAGGAACUUCUCAAGCUUCCACAUGCUCCUGCAGCGACAUAGCAUUUCAAUAUUGUGUCUUUCUGCCCUGGAUCCUUCUCCCUGCUGCUCUAAAGUCUGAGAGAAAUGCCUUGGACAUUUACUCUAUCUAUGCUUAAGCAUUGUUUUUAGAAGCCUGAAAUGAAAUAGGACAAGUACAGUAAAAGACUAAUUCUUUUUUUUCUUUCUUUUUUGUUUUUUUGGUCAGUGAUACAUUGCUUAACUCAUGUCAGGGGUAUUUGUGUGUUUUGUUGACUUGGAUAGUGUCAACCAUGAACUGCAUCUGCUGCCACUUCUGGACAAUAUUUUUCUUUGAAAUAGAGAAAGAUAGAUAAUGGCUUAUUUGAACAAUUAUGUCAGGUCUUCAUGAGAAGAUCCUCUUGUUGUUAAACUGUUGACUCUUUACAUUUCGUUUCCCUUUUUUUAUAAAGUUCUUUUAAAUGUUAUUUUUACUUUUUGAUGUUUUAAAAAAAUAUGCGAAAAAUCCUAGCAUUCAAGGAUGCCAGGAACAAUUCUAAUUGUUUCAUAUUGCAAUUUUGAUAAGGUGUUUUAAUGAAUGGGAAUGGAAUAGGAUUUAGCCAACCAUCGUAUCUUGAGAAAUGCCUGUUCAUUCAUUGUCAUAAAUUAAUAUUCCCUAUUAUCAUUGCUCCCGUUGUCUAGAGGGAUUGGGUCACUGCAAUUAUGCUUUUUUUUUUUUGUUUGUUUGUUUGUUUAAUGUUUCAUUGCCCUCAGAAUCAAAUAGUGAUUAUAGUAUUGUGGUUGCACCACCAUAAUGAAACCUAUUCAUAAAAGCCAUGUUGUCCAUCAACUGAAAGGGAAUACGAUACUGAUUCCUCAUUUCAACAACCACUUUCAGCAGUGUUCUUCAGUCAGUUAAAAAAAAAAUCUCUGCAAGGAGUGGUUCAGUGAAAAGUCAAAUGUACACAAUUUUCUGAUUAUCCCAGAUGUAGUCAGUAUGACAGGACAUGUGGGGUCCAAAUUUGUUCUUUGGUUUAGCACUGGAGCUGGAAGGCUAACAUUCCUAAUGUGACCAAGAUCUUUGUGUAAAAACAUCAAAAUUUCUUUCAGCCUGCUCAAACUGCAUCUAACAUUGCAACUUAUUGACAAGUUUGUCAAUAAGUUGCAAUCUUAAUUUGACUUGGUCACACAGGCUUUUAUUUAUAUAUAUAUAUAUAUAUAUAUAUAUAAGUGUGUGUGUGUGUGUGAGAGAGAGAGAGAGAGAGAGAGACCAAAGAUGUGACAACUCUAAUCUAGCAUCCACAUGUCUGCAUGAUAUGUGCACAUAAAGUGGAGCGGAAUUGGGCACAACCACAGAAUAAUAUUAUGUCAGUUGACUUCUGGUGAUUGUUGUCGACGUUAGCCUCGUAGCUCCAGUGCUAAACUAAAAAAGCAAAAUUGGGACACCAAAUAUUUCUUGGCUGUUUGAGUACCUCUGUGUUACAUGGAAAAUUAUGUAAAAAUUAUUUUUCACCAAACCAUUUGUUUAAAACUCGAAGAUAAGGGUUGUAGUCGUUUGUGUUUAACAAAGAACUAAAUAGUGACGGAGGAAACUUAGCGGGAGAGAGUUGAGGGUGGCCUUGUUCAUUCUCCUGACUGACUGUCCGCACCCAACGGGGUCAUGCGUGGGGAGUGAUAACAUACUAGUGCCUGCACAUUUAUUUUUCAGUUCAGUCCUGAAGUCAGGUUUUCAUUCAAAUGUCACAUGUUUUUUGGUGGCUUUACUUGAGGAUAUUUUAUAAAUUCACAUGAAGACAGGGGCAUGGGAAUUUUUAGUGUAUCUUAAAAUGAACUUUUGCUCUUGCGAGCAAAUAAAAGUACUUUCUUUGUAAACGCGUUCCAUGUUUAGUUUUUAAUGUGCUCAGUGGUGCACAGUGCUGAUUCCGAUCAGUUAUGAAGUAUGUUUCCUGUGCUUUCAGUAUCUGUAUUUAUCUUGAUAACAUGGCUCAGAUACUUUAAAAGCAUCAGCCACAAAGAUGCAUUCACCAGCAUGUGUAACAGGCAUGAAAGGCCUGAAACAUUUUCUUUGGUAAAGAGCGAUCUGUCAUUUAUGGUGUACAGGAGAAACUAAAAUCACAAUCAUUGGCUUAUUAAGCAAAAGUGAUGAUAAAUGGAGUGAUCUCUGGAUUUAUUACAGUGUUCAGUUCAGUAUUUUCAUUAGUCUGGAAGCCCACUCUGAUAUGGAAUGAUAUUCUUGUUAAUAUGGAAUAUUAUUAAGUGUUCCACAGGUUUGAAUCGUAAAUUUGUUGCUCCUGUGUUCUAAAUUGAAUCGAAAGCCGUAGUAUGGUGCCUCAAAUUGAGGCAGUUACUUUCUAUGGACUGUAUUGAAACAAAAUUUAUAAUCUUUCAUUGGUCUCUCAUUCCUCUAAAUUCACACCAUUUCUAUAGGAGUGGAAAUAUGAACAUCUCUGAAGGAGUUAGAAUUAGGGCCAGUUUCCUGACAGAUUGAGCCUAGUUUAGGCUAAAAAAUGCAGUCGAGAAUCUCCACAUGUGCAGUUUUGUCUAGAGGGUUAUUCAAAGCUGGAUUCACGGCUUUGCAAUCGUGAAAAUUCAUUCAGUUCAAGGCAAACAAAAGGGGUUAAAUUUGCCAAGUACCUUGCAUAGAACCCUGAUUACAUUUCCUCAUACAUCCAGGAUUGGGCUUCUUAAACUGACUCUGUGUAGAGUUCCUAUUUGGGAAAUCAAGUGCACAAAACUCAUUACUUGGGUGUUAAAAGAGGUCCCUUUCAGUCUUUUUGGGGGUUUUUUUUUGACACGUUCAUCUGCAGAAUCUGCUGACUCAAGACAUUGGGGAGGUUUUCUUUUGUCCCCAAAGUGCCUCCACUUUCCUAUUUUUUAUAUAAAGUAGCUAUUCAGAACUGUUAUGUAUAUAACGUAGCAAUAAAUGUGCCAUUUUAAUAACAGAAGUAUACCUUUUUUCAAUGUCUGUCUUUUUUAUUACUUAUGUACCCAAA